UUUGUCCACAUUCAUUUGUUUUUCUUUUUUUUUAUAUAUAUAUAAAUAUUUAUACACAUAUUUAUAAAAAUAUAUAAUUAGGUUAUUGAACAAAAUGGCUGAAUUUGUUAAAUUGUCCAUUUUUGGUACUGUAUUUGAAGUAACUACAAGAUAUGUUGACUUACAACCUGUUGGUAUGGGCGCAUUUGGCCUUGUAUGUUCUGCAAAAGAUCAAUUGACUGGUAUGAAUGUUGCUAUUAAAAAGAUUAUGAAACCCUUCUCGGCACCUGUUUUAGCCAAACGCACUUAUCGUGAAUUGAAAUUAUUAAAAGCACUUCGACACGAAAAUAUUAUCAGUUUAAGUGAUAUCUUUAUUUCACCUUUAGAAGAUAUCUAUUUCGUUACAGAAUUGUUGGGAACUGAUCUUCAUCGUUUAUUACAAUCUCGUCCCCUGGAAAAGCAAUUUAUUCAAUAUUUUCUUUAUCAAAUAUUAAGAGGCUUAAAAUAUGUUCAUUCAGCUGGUGUUAUCCAUAGAGAUUUGAAACCUAGUAAUAUUCUUAUUAAUGAAAAUUGCGACCUUAAGAUUUGUGAUUUUGGUCUUGCCCGUAUUCAAGACCCUCAGAUGACAGGCUAUGUAUCUACUCGAUAUUAUCGUGCUCCAGAAAUUAUGUUAACUUGGCAAAAAUAUGAUGUUGCUGUGGAUAUUUGGAGCGCAGGUUGUAUCUUUGCAGAAAUGCUUGAAGGAAAACCUCUUUUCCCUGGCAAAGAUCAUGUUCAUCAAUUCUCAAUUAUUACGGAACUUCUUGGUACCCCUGAUGAUGAUGUGAUCUCUACUAUUUGCAGCGAAAAUACUCUCCGCUUUGUAAAAAAUUUACCCAAACGUGAUCCUGUACCUUUCAGUCAACGUUUUGCAGGACAAGAUGCUCAAGCAAUUGACUUAUUGGAGAAAAUGUUGACUUUUGAUCCUCGUAAACGUAUUACAGCCGAAGAAGCAUUAGCUCAUCCAUAUUUAGCACCCUAUCAUGAUCCUACAGAUGAACCAGUUGCACAUGAGAAGUUUGAUUGGUCUUUUAAUGAAGCUGAUUUACCUAUUGAUACCUGGAAAGUGAUGAUGUAUUCUGAAAUUUUAGAUUUCCAUAAUGUUGACAAUGUUGAUGGCUCACAAUUUUUAGGAACCCCUUUAACAGAAUUUACUAUGAGUAAUACUACUGAAGGCCUUGAUGCUAGUAAUCCUUCAAAUAGCUUCCAACCUCAGCAAUAA